CCAAGCAGACGGCACAUGCUUCUCAUUGCGGCGUGCGCUCGCAUGGCGGGGACACCAUGUUCAACGCACUCGUCUCAUGGAUGCCACGAGUCCCUAUCACUCUGUGUCGCGCUGUUCUGUCAUGCGUCUUUCACUUCGUUGGAACGACGUAGUGUCGGCUGCGAGUGCACUAUGUGCUAGCACAACUCAUGAAGGAUGUUUAGCGGCUUGGCCCGACACUGAUAACGAUUUAUCAAGUUGAAGCUGACACCUUCAUUUGAUUGCCAACUGAUGAUACCGGUUGGCAGCUUGACUGGGGGGGUAUGGCGCAUGUUAUUCUUCGAGAGUUGGUGUGUGCGAAGUUGAGGCAGUCGGUGAUGCUCAGUUCUUGAAGGAUUAGUGUUGAAACCAACUGUAACGAAGCCUGCUUCAAAGUUGUGUUCUUUUGUGUGUCGAUGUGAAUAAUUGUGGAUAAGCUGUGGUGGUGUCAUGCAGACUUCGUAUCUUGACGUGUUCGCAUCGAAUUGACGGACUCUCAAGAAAGUGAGUAGAGCCUCAGGAAGACUGCUUCCACUAGUUCCCUUUGAUACCGUGCUGUGGCAAUGGACAGGGACGUUCGUUCACGGUCACAAUAGUUUAGCAGUGUGUGCCACGAACUGACGCGACUACGUCAGCCCCUCUCCUAGUGCCGGCUUUGUGCUGCAGCAGGGUGUUCUACAUUCUCUCAAGGGCGCUAAGUGAAUGGAUCCAACACCGGGCGGCGACAGCGGGCACAAAAAGUCGGUUGCAACGUUACCGAUGCUACUGCCAUGGGUGAGGCACUAACAUGAGGCUGUCGGGCGCGUUGUACCUGCUGGCGGCAUUGCUGAGUGUCCUCUUCUGCUGCAGCCCUGCCCAUCCAUACGGCUCCAAAAACUGCUUCUACAGAAGGGAGGGUAUCAAGCUUCCAACAAAGCGCAUUCUAUACGUCAAAGGACAACGACACAAUAUCGUGGUGGAGGUCAGCCGACGGCCGACGCACAAGAUCGUCUCGCACAUGUUCAAGAUCAUGGUAGAGGAACUUCUCGGAUACGAAGGCGUGGAACUACGAACCUUCAACACUUUUGACGCCAAGCAAUCUUUGAGGCGGAUCGCUGGUUGCGACAAGCUCUCGAACUGCACGAAGGAAGAUUACAUACCCGAAGUGAUGAUCAAUUUGGAGCUGUGGAUGGGUCCUGGUUCCAGUUUGGAGCCCUGGCUAGGUACAGGUCGUGUUCUCGACUGCGGUCCGCUUGGACCAAUCGGCAGGUCUGGUUGGUUCAUGUCGAUGAAGACGGUGGAUAAAUUCUGGACGGAAAACCGCAUUCUGCUUGACCACUGGAGGACAUUCCAAUUGGAGAAGUCUGUGAGUAGUCUGGACCUCUUGGAUGAUCCGAUGCUACACCAAUACACGCUCAACCCCAACGGUGCCACUCACCAUUGCUCCGAGACAGAGUGUCAUCGAGGAAUCUACAUGCCACCCAUCUGCCAGUCACAAAAGCCCCGGAAGCGUUCCUGUGCAACCCUCAUUGCCGACUAUCCCGAGACGACAUUCGACCUGCUGACGGAACAGAUCAAGAAACUGAAGCUACGGGUUAACGUCGCCUGGGUGGGUAAACGACUUGAAGAGUACGUGGGCAACCUUCUGCGAAAAGGCGAUCCGGUCGUCUUCUACAACUGGAAGCCCAACACUCUGACAGCGUUCCACAACGUCACGCAUGUCGCCUUUCCUCAGUGCGAGGACGGGAUUCUGCCCGCCUACCCUGGCGCGCCCAAGUGCCCUUACGAAGUCAAUCAUAUGGAAAAAGUGGUGUGGUCGAAACUACGAGAGAGCGCCGCGGACGUGUAUGAGCUGGUCCAGAAGAUGACUUUCACUCAGUCGGAGUACCGUGACCUGCUGCGCUUGUACCGGGAUGAGUGGGAUCGCAUAAGCAACUUCUCAACUAUAGCCUGCCUCUUCUUGGAGCAGCACGAGCAGCUUAUACACAAUUUCUCGCCGUCUCACGUUGGCGAUAAGCCGACUCUCUACAUCGGCGGCAUCUUUCCUCUGUCUGGCCGCUAUAACCGCAUGAACGGCGUCGUCACCGCUGCCCACAUGGCAAUGGACGCCGUCAACAGGGAUGAAAAUGUGCUCAACGAUUUCAAACUGACGAUUUUAGAGCAAGACGGUCAGUGUCAACAAGAUGUCGUCAUGAAGAGGUACAUCGGAUACGUCACUAACGCCACCUACAACAAUCUCAUUGGAAUCCUCGGUCCUGCCUGCACGGACACCUUGGAACCUAUCGUGGGCGUCGCAAAGCACUACAACACGGUCCUCAUCAGCUACAGCGCCGAGGGCGCCCUCUCUUCCCGUAGGGAUCGCUAUCCCUACUUCUUUCGAACCAUUCCGGAAAAUCUCAUGCACAGGUUCGUGUAUCUCAAGCUCUUCGAAGAAAUGCGCUGGCAUCGCGUGGCAGCUUUGACCGAAGAGGGCCAUAAGUACAGCGAGUAUAUCAACCUUCUGCAGGAUGACAUGCACAAGCACGGCAUGAACUUUCUCACCAACCGCAAAUUCCCGCACGAGGAGAGUCCACAUAAUAUGUCUCGCUACCUGGUCGACCUGAAGGACCGAAACGCUCGCAUUAUCAUCGGAGGCUUCUACGAUGCAAGUGCUAGAUCCGUAAUGUGCGAAGCAUACAAGCAGGGAAUGACUGGCUUUCAAGGGUACCAGUGGUUCCUGCCGCACUGGCUGUCGUCAGAUUGGUACGAGACUACCGAGUACAACAAGAAAAUGAACGAGACUGUGCCCUGUACAACGGCAGAGAUGAGGGACGCUGUCCAGGGUCACAUGAUUUUGGGCACCCAGUAUUACGCUGACGAUGAUGCAAUCAUGCAAGAGAACAAGACUGUGCGGGAAUGGAGGGCCCUCUACAAGCAACUAGUAGUUAACCAAGGUAAAGUGGAGGCCAGUAAUUACGGUGGCUUUGCAUACGACGCUGUGUGGGUGUUCGCUCUGGCUCUCGAUGCACUUUUUAAGGGGAAUCAUAGCCACACUUCGACCCUUCAUGAAGAAGAAACUUUUCAGAAACUCAUCGCUCUCAUCAACGCAACCAACUUCAACGGCGUCUCGGGCAACGUACGCUUCCGGCGGUCGAGUCGUCUCGCCGACGUCAUUAUCUGGCAGUGGGUGAACGGUACCCAUCGGCACGUGGGUACCUACACCCCUGGUAUGGUAGAUGGCGCCGGCGUUCUUCAUCUCGCCCGUACGCUUCCCAGUCUCGAGUACGUCUACUGGCCCAAGGGCAAGAACCAGGGAGACGGCAGUGAAGAGCCCAAUACUUGUCCACUGGAGGCACUGCGAUACCUCAUGAACGUCAGCUGUGACGUAGCCAUCAUCGUUGCCAACCUACUUGGAUUCUUCUUUUUCGCCCUUGUCAUGAUAGCUGGCUUUGUAUUCUUCAAGCGGAGGUACGAAGAAAAGGUCAAGCGCACAGAAGCUCGGAUACGAGAGUUGGGUUUCCUGACGACCAACAAUGUUCCGUCCCUGGACGGCUGGGAGAUGCCACGUGACCACAUUGUCAUCAACCGCAAGCUGGGCGAAGGAGCGUUCGGCACUGUAUAUGGCGGUGAAGCGUUCAUAGUUGACAAGGGAUGGGUUGCUGUAGCGGUCAAGACUCUCAAAGUCGGAGCCAUCAUAGAAGAGAAACUGGACUUCUUGAGUGAAGCAGAAAUGAUGAAGCGCUUCGACCACAAAAACAUAGUACGAUUACUGGGCGUCUGCACCGUUGGCGAACCCGUCUACACCAUCAUGGAAUUCAUGCUAUACGGCGACCUCAAGACAUAUCUUCUGGCUCGUCGUCACCUCGUCAAGGAGCCUAACCGGAACCUCUCAGAUGAGGCGUCGGACAAGUGCCUCACCGCCAUGGCUCUGGACGUAGCCCGCGGGCUCAGUUACCUGGCAGACCUCAAGUACGUGCACCGUGACUUAGCCUGCCGGAACUGCCUCGUGAAUGCCGGUCGAACUGUCAAGAUCGGAGACUUCGGCAUGUGUCGUCCCAUGUACGACUCAGACUACUACCGUUUCAACAAGCGUGGUAUGCUGCCCGUGCGUUGGAUGGCGCCUGAGAGCCUCAACGAUGGCAUCUUCACUACAAUGUCGGACGUCUGGAGCUAUGGUGUGCUGCUGUAUGAAAUCAUCACAUUCGCUAGUUUUCCAUACCAAGGCCUAUCAAACAAUCAGGUGUUGGAGUAUGUGAAGAACUAUAAUACAUUACCUGUGCCGAGUGGGUGCAAGCCAGAACUAGAUGCCCUGCUACUGCGAUGUUGGGCGAGGAGUGCUCAGCAACGGCCGAGCGCGUGCGAGAUUGUCGAGAUCCUCGCCACCAACAGCACUCUCAUCUCACCGUGCCUCGACCUGCCGGUCGCCAGCGUUCAGGUGGAGGGAACGGACUCUCUCGAGUUUGCUGCCAUCGGCGACCGAAACCGUCUUCACUCCAUCUCAUCGCUGGGACGGAAGGCCGACUCAGCAAGCAACGCUGCGAACGCGGUUGACGCGACAAGUACCAGAGUUCCUCUGGUGCCCCACGGGAGUUCCCCGCCUUCUCUGCCUCGAAGCCAGUACGUUACUCUACGACAGUCUGCCCGUAUCCGAGGGUCCACAGACGGCGGCAUGCAGUGUACAGGUCUCGGGCAGACUAUCACCGCAGUAUAAAGAUGUGUUUUACGGACUCUGUCUUCAAAGGCAUUCUGUAGAAGCGAAUGGCAGCUCGAGCGUUUCUGAUGUGUGUGUGCCUGUAGAAAGUGUAGAAAUAACUUUUGAGAAAAAGCGUGUGACUAUGGCUUCAUCGUGUCUGAAGAACAAUGUUGAAAUAUUGAAAAGAGCCAAGGUAUUUUAACGCGUACAGCGGGUAUAUCAAGGUCUACUUUACAUAAUGGAAGGAAUCUCGUAGAUUAACGUUGCUUCAUGUACUCUGAAAGGAUAUCCGAGGCAACGCUGUUGACGUACGGAAGGGAAUUGAGAAGUAUAAAUCAAGCAUCUUAAGGGGCGUUCAAAGAAGACAGAGUGACAUGCUAUAACGUGUCGUCAUAUCUUGGCGUUCUUCCUCUAGAGUAUGUCUUGCUGUUGUGCACAAUACUCUUCAACAGACAUAUCUGUUUUUCCUCUUCAAUACCGGGUGCAACAGUAUGAACCCCAUGGGCUCCAGCACGCCACUGCAUACUGGAGACACUGUACCCCUUCAGACUUUUAUUUCCUGAAUGGCUGCACCUACACAAGAACCAUUCAGACACUGCCUCAAGCAACAAGGCAAUCUCAGGCACCUUCGAUUGCGACACCAUUUUGUGCUAUGUCUCCGUCGAAUAUGAAGUCACCAUUGGUCAUGACCGGAAGUGUCAACAUUUUUCUUCGUCCCACAUUGUCGGGAACAGAAGCAAUCAACAUUCAGUUCACGUCGUCAGCAGAAUCUGCAGGUCGGAUCUGCCGUAAACUGCCAUGUCCGACCCAGUUCAUCAGCCCGUAAAGCCCAGGAACUUUAGGAUACAAAAGUUUUACGUGUGCGACAUCGUGCUGUUGGUUCGAUUCACUUCAUUUUUCAACACCAUCAGUGCUACAGUUUCUCUUCCAAGCGUUGACCAUUCUAAUGGCAAGGCUUGAAGGAGUUGGUGCUGCAUUCGGUACCGCAUCGACAUGCCGAAUUCUAGUCCGCGCCUCCUCGCUUUUCUUUCUUUCGGUGGUCGAAGAUCAUCUACACGUGGAAUAUUGAACGCGCCAAAAAGUUUUGCUCUGUGAAUAUGCCAAGUGUGUAUCCGGAUGUGUGUGUCGGACUCAAGGUCAACUAACUCGUCUUUAUUAGGACACUGUGGCGACCAUCGUAUCAUUGACGUGGUAGCGUCUGUAAUGACCACAUUAGCAUUUGCUGGAGCAGCCGCGUAGUAAAAAUACUCCAGUGUGCAUGUUCGUCGUUUCUCUGCCUGCUGUGUAUAUAUUUAGAUGCCCCUAAGACAAAGUAAAGCGCCCCUUUUCAGCUAACUUAGUGCUUUACGGUGACUUGCUCUCGUAUUGCAGCUUUUUUGUUCUCAUUCUCUUAUCUUUUUCUCCCCUUAAUACGUUGUUCCAGAACAUCUAGAGAGGAUUUAUCGUUUUAUUUAAACACCUGUUCUAUUAUUUAUAUUUGUUUCCUUCGUUUUUUUCUGUUUUACAGCUCGUCUGUUAAAUACGCAGAUGGUAUUCUUUUGUGUUUGUCGAGAACGCUGAAAGCUGUAAGAGUGGAUCGCUUUAUAGCCGUUAUUGGCAUUUUGUAAAUAUGUAAAUAGAACAACAAACUGUUCCGUCUCAUAAAGAUCUUGCCUCUCAGGGCAUUGUUGUUAUAUGUAAGAGAAUGUUUCUAUUUUGCCGCGUUACUGUUGGGUGGUUUUAGCUUGUACAGAGCUCUAUGGCUUUUGUCUGUAUAGGGUACAGACCGCGUUUCCGCUAACACGUAUUCCGAGCGAGCAAUCAAACGGGCAAAAUAAUUCUCCUAGAACAAGGAAGACAAUGUUGGUUAUUCGUUUUUCUUGGGACUGUGCGGGGUGAGCUGAAUCAAAAACGAAAAUCAUGAGCAUCGAGAGUACAAAGUAGGGAGUAUUGUUGCAUGCCAAAUACUGUUAAAAGAUUACGUAUACGAAUGAGCGAAAAUAAAGUCUAUACAUACAAUG